UGUUCAGUUCACUAAUGAUUGAGCAUAUCUAAAUUUUGUAAAAAUAAUGAUAUGAUGGUUAUUACAAUAUAUAUACAGUAUUCAAUUUACAAUUUUUAUACGGUGAUUAGAAAUAGUGUUUAGUUGAAAAGUAUCAUAUCACAAUUAAUGACGUGGAUUUAGGUUAGGUUAUGCACAACGUUACAACUGUUACUAGAAUUCUCGUCGAAAUAGUAUUAUAAAAAUAAUUUAAUUAUUAAUUAUUUAUCAUUAAAUACAAAUCAUAAAUAAUGUUCGAAAUAACAGAUACACAAAAAAUCGGAGUGGGACUUGUAGGUUUUGGAAUAUCUUUUCUGUUUCUUGGGGUUUUAUUACUGUUUGAUAAAGGUCUUCUUGCUAUUGGAAACAUUUUGUUUAUAUCUGGAUUAGCAUGUGUUAUUGGACCAAAGAGAACUCUCAGUUUUUUUUUUCAAAAACAUAAAAUAAAAGCCAGUGCUUCAUUUUUAGGAGGCAUCAUUGUAGUACUUAUGGGUUGGCCUAUUAUAGGCAUGAUAAUAGAAACAUAUGGUUUUGUAUUAUUAUUUAGUGGUUUUCUCCCAGUUGCGAUAAAUGUUUUACGAAAAGUACCUGGUUUAAAAAUUAUUUUAAAUUUACCAGGUAUAUCUAAAAUAUUAGAUUCAGUUGCAGGAGAUCCAAAUAGAACAACUGUAUAAUAUGUUUGUUAAUGUAUCACUCAAAUCAUUGUAUAUAAGAACCAUUAUUUUAUAUUAUAUCCUAAACAUUCUUGUCAUUCCCUUCUGAAAUUUUACAGAUCUCUUUUUGUAUUCUAUAAAUAUUAAAAUGUAAACAAUAAAAUUUAA